CUGUGUCGUGUUGUUUCAGAGCGCCGCCGCCGCUGGUCGGACACGUACAAGGGCGUCCCGGACAGCGACGACGAGACGGACCGAGUGAACGGACACGACGACCGGCUGAGGAGGGAGGAGCAGGAACUGGCCAAGAUUGACACGGGGAUCGCGCAGGUGUUCCUGAAGGAGGUGAAGGAACGAGAGAAACUGCAGCAGUGGAAGAAACAGAACCUGGACCCGAGGAACGCGAGCAGGACGCCAAGCGCCGCGCGGGAGGCGGGGGCUCGCCUGCGGUACUCGUCCCCGCUGGGAGCCUCGCCCUCGCGCUCACUGGACCGCUCCCGACACGAGCCCGACCCGCCGCACGCGCUGCCCUCCUACAACGCGCUGCUGGUGGGAGGCGCCCGCUCCGCCACGCUGCCCGCCGCCCUGCCGCACUGUAACGGUGACUUCACAUUCAGCGGGCUCGGAGACAAGACUCACAGCACGGACUUCAGCAGCGGCAAGUCAGACAUUUCGGCCGGAUCGAUCACCGACGUCGAUAGGAGUGCUGUGACCACGGGCGGGGUGUGCCGCGUGGCGGGCGGCGCGGCGCGUGCGGGCGGCGGGCCGGGCGUGCGUCGCUCGCUGCCCAACAUGGCGACCUCUCACCUGCUGCACGAGCCGGCCAAGCUGUACCCCUACCACCUGCUGCUCAUCACCAACUACCGCCUGCCGCCCGACGUCGACCGCCUCAACCUGGAGCGCCACCUGUCGGACGCGGAAUUCGAGGCGAUCCUGCAGGCGCCGCGGCCGGAGUUCUACCGUCUGCCGCAGUGGCGCCGCAACGAGCUCAAGAGACGGGCGAGGCUGUUCUGA